UCGCCAAAUACAUGAUUCCAUUUAAUGACAGAAAAAUAUACAAGCGAUUAAAUAUUCGUUCGUGUUGUAUAGUUUAAUCCAGUCGUAUUUGUCUAGCAACGAAUGUGUAUAAUUAGCAUGCAAAUAAAUAAUACAACAAAGUUUGUACAAAACGGCAAGCUAAUUUGAUAAGUAAGACAGUACCAUCGUAUAAAUUUUAAGAGCGUGAAAGUAUCAGGUUGCCUCGGUGGCACUGUUAAUUAAUACUAAUCGUAGAAACAGCUGAUCAAACGAAACAUAUAAAAUAACAAAAUUGAUAACAAUGGAAGGAACUGCCGUUAAAGUAAUGAUAAAAGUACCGAAUCAGCAAAUUAAAGAUCAAAUUGUGAACUGUGAUAUUGGGUGGACUGUUGGUCAAUUAAAAGAACAUUUGGCCGAAGUUUAUCCUAGUAAACCCGAACGAGCAAGUCAGAAACUGAUAUAUUCAGGACAAUUAUUAAGUGAUUCUGUAUGUUUGAAAGAUGUCUUAAGACAAUGUGAUGGGCAAGAAGAUCAAACUUACAUAGUUCAUUUAGUUUGUGCUUCGCAAAAACCAUCAGUGAAUAAGAUGGAACAAGUUAUGGAAAAUACAAAUGCAAUUCCUACUGCAAGAAGUACUAUUGAACAUAUGAGAUUAAAUGACCCAAAUAAUGUACAAAAUCAGAGUCAAAAUAUGAAUAAUAUUUCCAUGCAACAUGCGCCUACGCAAUUAUAUUCUGCACAACAAUAUUUUGAUCCGAGGAAUAGUCAACAAGUGGCUUGGAUGCAACAAGCGUAUACCCAUUAUUUUACCCAGUAUAUGCAAUUCAUGGCGGCACAAGGAAUACAAUUACAAACCAGCAUUCCCUAUGUUCAACAAAUGAACAUCAAUACAAACGAUAGUGUUCAAACUUCAUACACAAAUAAUAUAAAUAAUGCCAACAAUGUAGGCGAUGAACAGCAACAACCAGCUGCUCAAGAAGCUGAUAUUAAUGCUGGAAAUAACGGUGCUGGAGAAGAUGGUGCUUUUAAUAGAGAUUGGCUAGAUUUUUUUUACAUGUUGUCAAGAAUUAUUGUUCUCUUCAGUAUAGUAUACUUUUAUUCCUCUCCAUUAAGAUUUCUUAUUGUUACAUUUCUUGGAUUUGCAAUGUAUUUAUAUCAAGGUGGUUUCUUCAGAGUACAACCUAUUCUCUUAGCUGAGAAUAACAAUGGUAGAGCAGACAGAAGAGAUAAUAAUAAUCAGGUGUUACAAAAUGAAGCAAUAGGCCCUCAACUUGUGCCUCAACAACCAAAUGGUCAGGUACCAACUGUACAAACCGAAGCAAGAACAAACGCAGAAGAAGACAAUGAAGAAGAGAGACCUGGUGCACUUGCAUUCACUUGGACAUUUUUCAGUACCUUUUUUGCUUCUCUUAUUCCCGAUCAGCCAAAUGUUAUUUAAUUUAUCUAAGUACUAAUUUACUUCGCUUGGUUUCGUUAUCAAAUUAAUUAUUUUUCUUUGUUGGUUAUUUUUAAAAUGUGACAUUAAACUAUACGAGGUGGUCUCUUCCAGUGUGUAAAAUUAGGAAUGUCUGAACCAGUGGUAAUGCUAUUAUCAAUUAAAUAAGAAAUGAGAUUUUUGGAACAGACAUAAUUUUCAACAAAUUUUGUAAAUUUUUCAACUAUAGCAGAAGUCUUGUAUACAGUAACGUUUAACACUAUGUAUGAGUAUGCAUGAAUAGCAUUUUUACAAACAUUCUUGCUACUAAUCGUGUACUGAUAAUAGUUUUAAGCAUUGCUUUAAUUCAUUGAGACUACCUCAGAGUACAUAAAAUAAACUUACAAUUAAUCUGUUUAUAGAUUAUUUUAAUUUACUAAAUAUCAUCUUAUGAUAUUUAGAUAUUGUUAUAUAAUAAAUUGGUUUUGUGGUUAUAAGAGAAAACAACGAGAAAAAUAUAUACUGUGUAUAUAAAUAAAAUUAUUGUAGAGCUUGUAAGGUAUUGAUAAAUAUAAACGCUAAAAAGAUAAUAGUAAGAUUUAAA